UUUUCCCAAAAGAGACCGACUACCUUACGUACUAGCCAUGCCUCCCAAGAUGGACCCCAACGAGAUCAAGGUGAUCCACCUUAGGGCCACCGGUGGUGAAGUCGGUGCUUCAUCCGCCCUUGCCCCCAAGAUUGGUCCCCUCGGUCUCUCGCCCAAGAAGGUCGGUGAAGAUAUCGCCAAGGCCACCGGCGACUGGAAGGGUCUUCGCGUCACCGUGAAGCUCACCAUCCAAAACCGUCAAGCCGCCGUCUCGGUCGUCCCCUCCGCCUCUUCGCUCGUCAUCAAGGCCCUCAAGGAGCCUCCUCGUGACCGCAAGAAGGAGAAGAACAUCAAGCACACCAAGUCGGUCCCUCUUGAUGAGAUCAUCAACAUCGCCCGCACCAUGCGCUUCAAGUCCAUGGCCAAGGACCUCAAGGGUACCGUCAAGGAGAUCCUCGGUACCGCCUUCUCCACUGGUUGCCAGGUUGAUGGCCGCAGCCCCAAGGACGUCUCCGACGACAUCGAGUCUGGCGAGAUCGAGAUCCCUGAGGAGUAAACUGUCUACUAUGUAGCACUCUAACGGAACCCUUUACGCGCUCAAAAGUUUUGCGCUUUCUUCAGUGAUACCCCCAACGAUUUUUCUACUUUCUCCCAUGGUGCCUCAUGCUGUGCUUGCUUCCCUUUUCUUUCUCUCCUCAUCUUCCUCCAACACUCAGUUUGCCAACACUCUGGACUCUACCCAUAUUUGCCGUGGUUUAGCCCUAUUUUGGUGCAAACAAGAUGUAUCUUGUCCUACUACUCACCGGGAUGUCUCCUCUUCGGAGCGUGGGCAUACUGGUCCAUGUUUAAGGUCAAUAUCUCUUCGUUUCGUACACCUUUUAGCAUAGCUCAAUCAAAUCUGCGGUCAUGCUACUCUCAAUCAC